CACUCAGACUGCAGGCACACGUGGAGCAAAGAGGCAGAGAAAGAGAGAGACCAAUAGAGAGCAAGAGAGCGUGAAGCUGCUGGCACAGGGUAGUUUUUGCUAGUUUGGCUUUUGGGAUAGAAACAGAGCAAAUAUAGAAAACCAAGGAGAAAGAAAGACGUUCACAGGGAAACAAAGAAAACAUGCCAUUAUAAAUUUUGUUUAUCCCCAAGGAAUAACUGGAGGAGAAACUGAUCUCUGAGAUGUGAAGUGUUUUUGUAUAAGCCAAGAGAGAACAACAACAAGAAGGACGUGGAACCUGCAGCCACCUGUACAGCGGCUCUAAGGUCAAGGUGCUUUGACCUCUGCUUUAGGAUCAACUCGCUGAUGCUUCACUGUUAGUAAAAGGAAUUUAUGAACCAAACCUAACGCAGACUUAAAAAAGAGACAUCUGAUUUAGCUGGCGUAAAAAGUUUUGCAGCUAGCGGACGCCUUCAGUUGGCUGCAUCGACGAACUCAGCUCAGCAACUUCUGACAACAGACCUCAACGGCAAGCACCUUGCUGUGAGGAAGCCUCCACAGGACGGACCAGUAGCUGCUGCAACAAAGAUGACAUUCGCGAUGCUGCGCACGGCGCCUCCUGCAGGCCGCUUCCUGUACGGCGACAUCGCCCUCCUCUCCGAAGACGAAGACGAGAACGGCAGCGAGGGGUCGGGCUCCGAGGAGCGCUCCACCAACUCCUCCAACUCGGCCGCCUUCCGCCUGUCCUCCUCGUCCCCAUCUGCCUUUCACAUCAAGGUGAACAGGAAGAGGAAGCUGUGCGGGGGCGGAGGAGGUGGAGGGGGCGGAGGCAUGGGGGACAUGGUGGGGAGGCUGGGCCCCCCAGGCAUAUCUCCCGUCGGGGAAGUUCGCCAGAGGACUGCAGCCAACGCGCGGGAGAGAGAUCGCACCAACUCUGUCAACACGGCGUUCACGGCGCUGCGCACGCUCAUCCCCACCGAGCCUGCAGACAGGAAGCUGUCAAAGAUCGAGACGCUACGUUUGGCCAGCAGCUACAUCAGCCACCUGGGGAACGUGCUGCUUCUGGGCGAAGGGCUUCAUGACGGACAGCCGUGCCACGCUCCCUCACCGCCGUUCUUCCACGUCAGCUCCUCCCCCAGCCGAGGAUCCGACCAAUCGGCUCAGCCCAAGCACAUCUGUACUUUCUGCCUCAGCAACCAGAGAAAAAUGAACAAAGACAGAGACAGGAAGACAGCCAUCAGAAGCUAACAAUGAGGACACAAACCGCACGGAUAAAAUGCUCAUCACUUUCAUCACAGUGCCUUCAGUGAUUUUACAAUCGCUGCGACUUGAAGACGAACCAGACGUGCGAUGCGUUUCAGAGACUUUCCGAGGACUUCUAUAGCACUUCCAGGACUCUGCAAGGAACUUUUUGAUUACUUUUUGUAUCGCUUUACAUGAACUUUUUUUAUUUUUUAAAGUUUUCAGAAGUUCAGCAGUACUUUCACAUGCUUAUCAAGGCCGUCAUGAACCUUUCAGCAACACUUAUAAGAGACUUUUUACUGUAUUGUUCAGUGACUCCGAGUCUAGAGAACUAAUGGCACAUGAUCGGAAGACAAACAAACCCACUAAUUUGUAUUCAGCCAAAGCUGUGUGUUAUUAUUGUGUAAACUGAAAUAUAAAUGUAUAUUUAUGUGACAUACAUUAUAUAAUGAAACUAUGUUAUUUAACAGGCAUAUGGCAUUUCUUGACAAACGAUGUGCAUUGUUUUAAGGUACAAACAUUGGAUAUUGACAGUUAAUGGCAUUCCAAAAAAAAAAAAAAAUGCUGGAACUUUGGUGUUAUUGGUUAUUUCUGAUGAUCAUUUCUGAAAGUGGAAAAUAACUCAAGAUGACCAAUAAAUUGUUUGUAUAUCUGGAACUAAAUUUCAUUCAUAUGUUGUUGGUAUUUUCAGGAGACUGUACUCUCAAAUCCUGUCCUAAUCUUUGCCAGUUCCAACCAAUAAACAUCAUGAAAGUUUCCACUGCAAA